UACCGAAUUGGUACCCGUUGCUGUAUAUCACAAAGAUCCGUAAUAUAUAAAGACAAUCUGUAAAAUACUUCCCUUUGUGACAAAUAUAAAAUUUCUUAUUUUGGAAUUGAAAUUAACAUAUCGAUCGAAACAUACGUGCGAAACUCGGAAAAAUCUAUUGCUAAGUUUCAUCUCGAAGAAAACACGCCAGUUUUGUAAAACAGAAGAUUGAGGAAAGAGAGCGCUUAUCAGAUAAUGGUGAUAGCAAGCAACGUUUCUAAUAUAAGCAUAAGUUCCGAAGCAAACGAUUACGUACCAUAUGACCAACGACCCGAAACUUACAUCGUACCCGUAGUGUUUUCGUUAAUUCUGGUCGUGGGUGUAGCGGGAAAUGGUAUCUUGGUUCUUAUUUUAUUAUGUCAUGCUAAUAUGAGAAAUGUACCAAACACUUACGUAUUAUCUUUAGCUCUGGGCGAUCUGUUGGUGAUUGUGACUUGCGUACCUUUUACGUCUAUUCUUUAUACGAUCGAAUCGUGGCCAUGGGGCUUAACUAUCUGUAAACUAUCUGAAUGCGCUAAGGAUAUUUCAAUCGGUGUGUCAGUAUUUACUCUAGCAGCUUUGUCAGCCGAAAGAUAUUGCGCCAUAGUGAAUCCCAUCCGUCGCCACGUAGCAGGUUUAAGCGCAAAACCAUUAACCAUUUUAACGGCAUCCCUUAUCUGGGUCCUAGCGAUUAUCUUAGCUAUACCUGCUGCGCUCUUCUCCCAUGUCCCGGCCAUACAAUUGCAAGGAAACCACAGCAUUUUAAUCUGUGAUCCUUUUCCCGAUGAAUUUGGUGAAAUCUAUGAAAAAGGCAUGGUAAUGUUCAAAUUUUUGGCGUAUUACGCGAUACCGCUAUGCGUGAUAGCCGGUUUUUAUCUGGGCAUGGCACGACAUCUAACAUUGUCCACCAGAAAUAUGCCAGGUGAACUCCCCGAUCAUCGCUUUGAACAGAUAAGGGCGCGCAGGAGGGUGGGUAGAAUGGUGAUGUGUUUCAUAAUCGUUUUCGUGAUUUGUUUUCUACCAUAUCACGUGUUUAUGCUGUGGUUUCACUUCUCCCCUACAUCACGGGAUGAUUAUGAUGAUUUCUGGCAUGCCUUCAGGAUAAUCGGUUUCUGCCUCAGUUUCAGCAACAGCUGCGUUAAUCCCAUAGCACUAUAUUUAAUUAGUCGAACAUUUCGUCAAAGAUUUAAUAAAUAUUUGUGCUUCUGUCUACCGGGUGGCUCCGCCAUCUGCGGUAGAAGUCGAUUGGAAAGAAGCAGAAUUCACGGCAAUGGUGGCUUUUCUCAAAAAAGUCGAGGUGAUAUGCGGAACACGUUUCAUGAGACUAGUUUUGGUUCUACGUUUCGAAGACGUACGCAAGAGUUUAACUCGACCGGGGUAUUCGAGAUGGGCAGCAUAGAGACUAGACCUACCCCCAACGAUCGAAAGUUACUUUCGCACGGCUUCCUCAAAAUGGUUGCCUAUUACACUGCAGGCUUUAUAUGAUAAAAAAGAUAUAAUGAUGGAUCUCGAAGACUAUUAAUAUUUCGACAAUGGUUCUGAAAAUCAUGGUCGCCUGCUUGUGUCGCUUUCAUUUAAAAAAAAAUCGAUUUGGAAUCAUACGUAUGUAAUUUUUCCUACAUAGCUAUGUAUCUUUUCAAUUCUUUUCAAAUAAUUAUGUAUGAUAUAUUUGUGAAUUCAAAAUGCAAUCCU